CUGGCUGCAGCUUUUCCAGCCUGAACGGCAACUCACAGAAUAACACGCAGUGUCGGGAAGCAAGAAGGAAAAAAAUGGCUGCAACUGUUCCACCAGUAACCCGACAAAUAACCAAAGACAGCCACAGGAAAAAAACUGAAAACCCGCCUGUAGAUCUGCAAGAGGCGCAAGACUGCUUGAUCUACGACCGACACGGAGUCUCCAUUCCGUUCAAGUCCUUAUAUCAAGACAGGAAAGUUAUCAUCGUUUUUGUUCGGAACUUCUUAUGCUACAGCUGCAAGGAGUAUGUAGAAGAUUUAAGUAAAAUACCCCAAAAAGCCCUGGAGGAUGCUGCAGUCAAAUUGGUUGUGAUUGGUCAGUCCUCCCAUCACCACAUAGAGCCGUUCUGUUUGCUGACUGGGUAUUCUUAUGAAAUGUAUGUAGAUCCAGAAAGGUGCAUUUAUCAAAAGCUUGGUAUGAAGAGAGAAGAGACGUUCACAGAGUCUGCAAACCCCAGCCCUCAUGUGAAGUCCGGUUUGUUAAUGGGACAGCUGAAGAGCAUAUGGAGGGCAAUGACCAGCCCUGCUUUUGACUUUCAGGGUGACAUGUAUCAGCAAGGGGGGGCUCUCAUUGUAGGACCGGGUUCCCAAGUUCACUUUUGUCACUUUGAUAUGAACCGUUUGGAUCACAUUCCCAUCAAUUGGCUCCUUCAGCUUGCUGAAGUUGGAGAAACUGUGGACUUUAGCAAUAGGCCAAAAAUCCUCCAUGUUUAGCUCGUUGUAACUGGGAAGAUUACCUUGGGCUGUUAUUUACAUGUUUGAACAAAACCUCGAAGUUGUUAUAUCCUCAAACUGACACUGAUCCAAAGAGCUCUGGUGAUACGAGGAAUGUGGGUGGAAAGCAAUUAAAGUUUGGACUCCUUGGUCCUAUUUAUCAUUCUAUUCAUUCUUGAGAUGUUUUGAAAUUUGCCCAAGGUCAUUGUCCAACUUUGAAGUAAGUAGGCUAUAAAAAAAGAUUUAGCACAUUAUUAUUAUUAUAGUUACUAAUAUUAUUUAAAAGUCUGUUGUAUUCAUGGUAUCGUAUUAAUAAUAUGUUGUGAAAAUAAAAAAAUCAUAACCAUA